UCCGCUAACAUUGGAGGUGGUUACUUUUGACAGGAAAGCCCGUCCCCACCUUUUUUUUUACGCACGCCGGCAAUGUGUUUUUUAAGAUCAGCGAUUCCUUGGGAAGAGGCGGGCUCUUUCUGGCAGAGAGGGGGCGUCCCUCGCCAGAGCCUGAGACGAGCGUAGUCGACGACGACGAUGGGGGGUGGCUCUUUUCCUGCGCGGAGGAAAGCCCACCUUUUUCAUUGUUAGGAUCUGUGGAAUGUGAUGGUUUGAUCCUGCAGAGCUGGGAGGGGAAAAAGAGGGGAAGAAGCAGCGAGGGUUGUGUGCGCAGGGGGGGGGGGGAGCAUUCUGCUUGUACCAUUGAGGGCGAAACUUUAAGAAACGGGAGUUGGGUUUUGUUUUAAAGACUAAGAGACGGUCUCUUUCUCGUCCGUUUACGCAGCGCAACUGAAUGUAUUCCUGGAGGGUGAAACGCCGGUUUUCCAUAUGGUAAGAUUAGUUUGCUUGGAAAGAAAUUAUUAGGACCCAGCUGAAGAUCUUCUGUGGGCUUUGACAGAUUGUUGUGCAUCUUGAACAUUAAAGUUGAUCUGCACGAGUGAGAAUGUAACACUGGGAAACGCUUGUUGAGAACGUGGGCUCUGCCUGUCCCGGUUUCUCUUUUGGAGUGCUGCAUUCCUUCUUCGAUGACUCAGCAUCCUCUGUUGGCCGCAGAAAUUCCAGCAGGCCAAGGUUAUUUUCCCUCAAUCUUUAUUGGUAACCCUAAGAGAACCAAGUACUGGGAGGAUUUACAACACGCCAAAGUCUAAAGAAGAAAAGGGAAAUAGAGGUAUUCACUAUCCUUUAGCUCGAAAGUGAAACCAAAACAGAGGGGUGAAGCAGAAGCACUGAAACAUCUCACCGCCAAGCCAAUGUGGUCCCCUAGGAAAGCUGUCAAAUAAACACCGCAAUGGCAGACAUUACAAGCUACAAAGACACCACGAACCGCCACCUGCGGCACAAGCUGCAGAGCCUGGGCCGCCGCCUGGAUGAGCUGGAAGAGGCCACAAAAAACUUGCAGAAGGCUGAGGAUGAGCUCCUAGACCUUCAGGACAAGGUCAUACAAGCUGAGGGCAGCGGCUCCCCCCUGUUGAAUGAUGUGGAUGCUCUCCGCAAGCGGGUGAUGAAAAUUGAGGGCAAGGAUGAGGAGGUACGCAAGGCAGAGGACCUCUGCAGGUUAGUCAGGGAAAAGCUGGAAGCUGAGGAGAAAUUGACCAAAGAACUGAAAUCCGAAAUUGAACAGCUUCAGAGGAGGAUGGCCGAGCUAGAGAAGCUGGAAGAGGCCUUUAGCAAGAGCAAGUCUGACUGCACACAGCUUUGUCUCAGCCUGAACGAGGAGAAGAAUCUGACCAAGAAGCUCUCCUCUGAACUGGAGACCCUGAAAGCCCGACUAAAGGAGAUAGACUCCUCAGAGAACCGAUUAGACAGGGCUGAACAGACAUUGAAUGCGGAACUGGAGAAACUGAAGUCGCUGACGCUAAGCUUCGUCAAUGAGCGAAAGAGAUUGCUGGAAAAACAGAAGGAAGAUGAGCAAUUAAUCCAAGAACUGACUCAGAAGGUGGAACACAACAACAGGAUCAAUGUGGGUGACCAAAGUAGGAAUGCUUCCAACCUUCUGGAGCGUUCCACCGAGAUGGGGGACCUCCGGAUUGAAGACGACCUGUCUCCGGGUUUAACCAGCAAGAUUGGUAUCAGGAGAAAGAGCCUGGAUUUUCUGAAGCUGACUGAUAAUGUGGGCUUGAGAAACAAAUCUGAAAAUGAAAAGAACCGCACUGAGGGCCAAGAAGACAACAAGGUGAAGGAUCUCACCCAGGAGAUUGAGAGGCUCAAAAAUCGCUUGAAACAACUGGAACUAGUUGAAGAGGACCUAAAGAACACAGAGGCCAAGAACGCAGAGCUCUUGGAGAAGUUCCACCAAGAGAGGAAUCGGAGUAAAGCACUGAGUGACCAGAUGGAGCAGCUGAAGGUGCAGCUUGGUGGUACAAAAAUCCUAGAGAAUGGCAAGGCGGAGAACGAGGAGAUAAAUGUCCGUGGAGGUUUUCGGCAGGAAAAGCCCAAGAAUAGGUUUGCUGCCACAGAGCCACCUGUCUCCAAGUACAAAUCUCGUGAGCUCUCCCCACAACAGAGGCGGGAAACAAAGCAGAAAUAUAAAGAUUUGAGUCAGUCAGAGGAAAGCUCUCCUAAACCCAUCAGGAGGGCAAUGAGUCCUGGAAUGAAGAACAAGAGAGCUGGGAAAACAGUUUCCACCCCAACAGAACAUGGGGUAAAAGAGAGGGGAAGGGCACUAGAAGAAAAAGUAGGGACAACCAACUACAUAUUGACAAGCUCAUCCCCAAACGACGGGAAGAAAACUAGGGAGCAGCCCCCAGUCCUAAGCCGAUAUCCUCCAGCUGCAAAUGACCAGAAUGCCCCUAAGUCAUGGAAAACGCCCACAGGGAAGCCCAAUGAAAAUGAGGGUAAGAGGAACCGAAAUGAAAGGUUUUCUCGGUUAUACGUUGGUAGCGACAGUGAAUCAAACAAUUCUGAUGUGCCCUCAGAACAUUCUAGCAAGACUACCACUAUACAGCCUCCGGAAAAAGAGACUUUACGUUCAGAGUCUUUGGAUCAACCUGAGGAAACAAUGGCAGUAUCAAGCCUGACCAAGUCUAAUGGUUCAUUUCCUGCCUACAAAUCUCAUGUUUCUGCUUUAACACAACAUGAAAAUGGGCCCGACAGCUCAUCCUCAGCAUCCGAGACUGAAUCUACUGGAUCUAGGCGUUCGCUAGGAGAGCCAGAAUCUACUCCUGAAGUGAAUAUAUCAAGUAGCAGGUCAGCUGUUUCAAAGCAUCCCCGGUAUUCUCGCUUGCAGGAUUCUCACUCUGAGGCAUCAUCCUCACGGAGUUCCUUCGAAGAAGAUGUGACCAAAUCCCCAGCCACAGAGGGCACCUCAUCAGAGCCAACCUAUACUCCUUCAGGCAUUGAAAUCCGCAGAGUGUGUAGCCCCAGGGAGGCUCUGAGAUCCAAAGCAAUUAUCAAGCCGGCUAUUGUGGAAAUUGACAGGAAGGAAGUUAUGUCCGGAACUGGGGUGGAGCCUUUAAUCGCGGAUGGUAAGCCCAAGAUCUCUACAAAACCCAUCCUAAACAAGGUGACCAGUAGCAUUACCAUUUACCCAAGUGACCCCACCUCUUCUAGAGCCAGCAGCCGCAGUAGCAGCACCAGUGAGCCACCUAGACACACAUCCACCAGCAACAUUGUGAUAACCCCCACCAUUGAACACCGCAACAGUGUGUCUAUACCAUACGAAAUCUCCAUACCCAAGAGUGAGAUAACUGUGAAACCUUCCCAGGAGGCCGAGGAGCCUGACCUGCCUGUGGAGGUGAAGACAGAGUCGCAGCUAACACGCAGCAGUUUUACCAUAAGGGCUCUGGAGUCUGUGGAGAACAGCAACAAUGACGAAUCUGGCUUUGAGAGCAGUGGCAGCAACUGCGUCACUACCAUGGUCUCAAGCUGGAAGGGUCAGCAGACCUGCAAGGAGGAUAUGAUUCCAGACAUGAAACAUGUGACCAUGAGGAGCACCUGGAGGAAAAAGCAAGGGGCCACCAUGUCUCAGGAGGACAACCAGGGAUCCAGGCUUAUAGACGGUGUGGGAGAGGACUCCGACUCGAGUACUUGGAGGGCUUACCGAGCCACAACUGUCCUGGACCCGGAGGACUCUGUCCACAGCUCCAAGCCUAGCCCUGCGGAGAUCUACAUGCGCAGGAUAAACAGCACAGUGACCUCUAGGGAGCCUCCAGAGCAGAUGCGCAGAAGCAAAAGCACCUUGAGCACCUCAGAAAGUGUGCUAGGGAGAACCCAGCCACAUGAGCCAGUUAUAGCUCAGGAGCUGAUACCCUGGAAGCACUCAAAAUCCCUGGCCCUAGACGACACAGCAGAUCCGCCUGUAAGCAUACGGAGGAAGCCAUUGCCAGCUGACUCUGGGUCCUAUGACCGCGCACUUAAGAACGAACCCGUGGGCAAGAGGCUGUCCCCCAGACCAGAGCUGUGGCAGAGCCCCACAAGGGGACAGGCUGCUCGGCCUGAGGGUCGAGGGGCGGGGGGGCGCAACUGGAGCAGCCGCCAAGCAGAUAACUAAACCACCGUUCCCCAGCCCCUCUCCCCGCAAACAUUCAAGUUGCAGGAUUUCUCCACUCCUGUCUUGAGGUCCUGGAGCAGGCGUACUUCCAAAUUCACAGCCUUUCUAAAGCAUUGCCAGUUCCAUUUUUAGAAGAAGAAGUUUAACAGACAGGUGCCAGUCCCCUCCCUUGGACAUCUGCUGAUCCAUCUCCACGGACUGCUGCACAUUGUUCCUGUAUAUUUUUCUAGCAUGGACUUACCCAGAAAGUAUCUUAUUCUUUGGGCAGUGGUGUAUUAUAUUUUUAUGACAUGACAAAGGAGGCUCUUGUACAUGAGUGACAACCUUUCCCAGCAGGAUUUGCUACCUUUGGAAUGGACCACACGAGAGCAGGCACUAUGUCCACGUCGCACUUUGUAUUUCAAGGAAAAGUGACCCGUGCAGGAGUCACACACGACCAAAACGCAGGGAGCGAAUUACUUUUAAAGAAUUUUAUUAUUAUUAAUUUUAUCAUGUUAUUUUGCCACCAUUGUGGUAAAAAAAAA